AUUGAGUGAGGAGGCUUUCGAUUUUUUAUCAAUAAGACGCGAUGCUGAAAUAUAUUCCUUUACUUUUAGUAGCCCAGCUAUUAAUAGUGGCUGCCAAGCCCACAAAUCCACAACUCCUAAACUCCGAUGAUCCAGUGCAAAGGGAGUUGGAGAGACAGGCCAAGGAGGAGACAGUCCACCUGCUGAACUCGUUGUUCCGAUCACAAAUCGCCUAUUUCUCCGAGGUGAAGGCCGCUCUGAAUCCCCAGACCAAGCGAUUCCAAGAUAUCAGUCUUUAUAUAACGCGCCUGAGCCAAGCCAUUGAUGAGCAGGAACUGGACCGAAAGGAUGAGCUGUGGCAGAAUAUCUUCGAAGAGUUCAAGGACUCUCCACUGCUGAUUAAUCGGCAAUCCGAGACAGGACUCACCGACUUGCAAUAUAAGACACUCCUGACCGGCCAGAAGCUGCAGAAUAUAUCCACCAAGUUCGUGAGCGAUGUGGCCGAUUACUUCUGGGAAAUGGCCAAGAUUAGUGGCAAAGUCGUUGGCAAUGGGAUAGCGAGCCAGAACGAAUAGUAAAUCUCAAUAAACUAUAAAUGUAUCGAACGAACGUUUUUUCAACCCACUGUAUCGAAUGCGAGACGCCUGCUGUGGAAUGAUAAGUUCAUAUACACCCAUCACGAAUUCGUGAAUCAUUCGAUGCGACAGCCAAAUUUGGACAUAUUAUGAGUUAAUUUAAAAAACGCCAAAGCUCUUCCGACUGAGCGCACUUUAUUUGUUGCACUUUCCGCUGUCAAUCGAGAACGAAAAUAAGUUAGCGCAAUUGCUAUUGCAAGAACAAGGUGCAAUUGUGCAAUUGCAAUUGAAAUAGCAAAACGCUAGCAAAGUGCGAGGUAUUUUUAAUGCAAUUUGCUUUAAAAAUAAACGCGUACUUCGCGGGUAAACGGGGGCGACCAAAGGGGGAGUGGCAAUGUGGCAGGGGCAGACGACGGACACGCAUGCCUUCCACUCUGCCGGUUGCACAUGUGUCGCUGAUAUUUGAAAAUCCGCUCUUGUACACUGGGAAAAACGGGCACUACAUAUGAUAUGUAAAAUUUAUUGAACUUUAAAAAAGUGUAAUUCUUACAAAUCUGCAGUUAAAAACUAUAUGAACUUAAACUAUUUAUUUAAAAGAUUUUUUACAAGUUUGCAAGACGAUACAGUGUUUAAAAGAAAUACCUAUAUACGCAUUGUAGUUUCCAAUAAUAAGCGUUUUUUCUGACUGUAUAAACAACAUACAAUUUGAUUUCUGACUAUGUAAUAUUAGCUCGGCAAGGUAAUUUUCUCCAGUGUAUAGCCGGCAUCUUUGUGUGAGCUUUCACAUGUAUUUGUGGCCCCAAUGGCAUCUCCAUGUCAUGCUCUCGAGCGUAUCGACGCAAACAAUUUCCACUUCCGAAUGACACAGACAUAAGCCAUAUCAAACGGCGUUUCGAAAAACACGAAAAAAAAUGCGAUAUGCGGAUGACAGUGGCAAACAGUUUGCUCAAAAGUCCGCCAGUCAAUAUUAUUCGACAAUUAAAAGAAAACAAGAAAACAAUUCGUUGCCCAAAGCGAAAAAGCAAUAAAGACAACAGGCUAAACCGCCGACAGAUAAGAGGUCAGAAGUUGAGAUGAGAUUGUUCAAUUCGAAAUUGGAGGGCAGGUGCUAAAGUUUCGAGUUACCUGUCUGCGAUAUCAGCUUUUGGCUGAUAAAUAUUCAAAAAAUAUACGAUAACAAUGUUUACAGCUACUUAUGAAUGGUGCUAUCUUUAAGAUUGCAAAUAAAUGGUAAUACCGCUCACAAAAGCAACUCAAUAAAGAUAAGUAUCUGAAUGU